CAGCCCGUUGCUCGCCGCACAGUCAUCUCAGUUCUGUCUCCUCCUUUCUCUACAGCCUUUCGGACAGCCCUUGCUCGUCGCUCUCGGCCAACUCAGUUCUCUCUCCUUCGAGUCCUUGAUCUACUAGAGUCCAUAUUCUUAACCCUAUCUAUUGACUCUCGGCUAGUUUGGAAUAUCUUCAAUGUCUACGCGCAAUUCUCGUGUGCGAACAGUUCUUGAUUGUAUCCUCCUUGAACCGGUCCGAAAAAGGAGAAGAGUUGACUCGAACCCCAUAGUCGCAUCAUCACCAUCAGAUUCGGAGAAAGAAACGAGCUAUAUAUAUCCUCUUCCGUCGCAGAAGGACUGUGACAUCCCAGACACAACAUACCCUCUGGUUGAAGAUGAUAUACCUGAGGAUGAAUUACAAGUCCUUGGGGAGGUUCUGGGAGAAGAUGAAGAAGACCUGGACAAUGAAAGUAUACCAGUCAGAGUCCUAGACAACUUUGUCAUCUUUGAACAUGGUAAUCGGUCAAUCGUCCCGGUAGAGUCUCUGUGUUCCCUCCCCUUCACGACCAUCCACUACUCCGCUUCAGGUGAAGUCAGGCCACACGAGUUGGAUGAUCCAUCUGAGCUAGACGAUCUGGAAGAGCAGAGUGUGGCCACAACACUAGGCUCACUCCAACGAGUUGAGCUCUCACAGAUCCUUGACAUUAAUCUGCAUCAUUAUGAUUCAGAAUCUGGAUUGGACUGCUGCAUCUAUCUCAAGACCAAGUAUGCAUGGUACAUACUUGAAACACCAGCUCGGUCAUACCGCCCGUUCUUCGUCAAUUUCUGGGCAAGAGAGAGGAUGUUCUACCUCUUGGCGUUCUCUGCCCUCAACGAUAAUGGAAUAACACUUAGAGAAUUCAUCGACUCUCUCCAGGUUACUCCGGAGUCGACGGAAGUGCUCAAGUUCACAAAAUCUAUGCUGGGUCGAGACUUAGCUAAGGAUGAUUUUAUGACAUUGAAACCAUUCCUGCUUAUCCGACUCGAAGACCUUCACGAUGAGAAUGGCGACCUCGUUCAUCUUGGCCAUGUACCACUUAUUCAUGAGUUGCUCUCCGACAUUCCCGACUCCGACUUCUACUUCUCGACCUGUCAUCACCAGCAGCACUCCAGCAAGCACCCUGGCAAAACUUCUCCCCUCGUCAACAAGUUGCGGACUAUUGUGACUCCAUUGGUCGCUCAGAUUUGUCAGCCCUGGUUCCGAAGAGAGCUCCAGGUUGUUGGUCCCCCACUUCCUCGACCCUUCUCUCCAGUAUUGCAUGAUUCAUACCCUAUCCACGAGAGUGAUCCAGUCAUUCUAUGGGGGCAACAGGUUGUGGGUGCAGCACCUGGUCAGUAUGAAUCGGUGAAGCUUGACGGUGUCUGUUAUAAGGUCGGAGAUGUUGUCAUGGUACAGCCUGGUGAAGAUGCAGAUUCCGCUCGUGCACUCAAUGCCAAGGCCGUUGCAUCUUCUAAUCCUCUAGCAACCUCAAAGUGGUUUGGUGAGAUUUGCUAUCUUGAGGACAAGCGUAAAGGACCAUCAUGUCAUAUCAAGUGGUUUGCACAUGGAUCUCAGACUGUUCUACGAGAUACCGCUCAUCCACAGAUCCUCUUUCAUAUGGAGAGGUCCUGUGGUGAUGUUCUCCUAGCAAGUAUCUACCAGAAGUGUCAUAUUCGACAUCUGCUUCCCGGUCAGGAGCCGCCUAUGCCUGACAGUCGUUCUGCAGUCUGUAAUGAUUUCUACCUCAGUCCUCGAAUCUGGAGUCAAGAUGACUGUGGAUUUGUCGGUUUAUCAGACACAGAAGUCUCACAGGCACUGGCUGUCUGUGAUCUGCAUAAGCUCUGCUUGUCUUGCGGACAAUCUCAGUUGCAGGAGCAGGCUGCAGAGGUUCAGUUUUCUCCAGGAAUGUUCUCCCAAUUUGGUACAGAGUAUCAUAUUGGGGACUUUGUCUACGUUCGCUCUAAGAGUAAUCCGGAUGUUCUCUUUGACCUUGCCCAAGUCAAAAGAAUAAAAGGCACACCAGAUCGGAGCAGGAGCCACGGAGUGCAGGUCACUAUACAACUUUUAUAUCUUGGCCGGGUGGAUAAGAUUGUGAGGAGAGUGUCGAGAGGGAAGGAGUUCGAGCAGAGAAGUUAUGUGCAAGAUGAGCGGUACCUUUUUCUCACAGAUUUCUCAGACACCGUUGACUCGUCACGGAUUUCUGGGAAAUGUUUUGUCAUUCACAAAGACUCUACCCAUGAUCUCCAGACAUGGCUGUCUUAUGAUGAUCACUUCUAUGUCUCACAGUGUGGAGAUUCCCCCUUGGUGCAGACAUUUGAGGCAUUGCAUGACAUAGGACCCGAAGAUGUCGAGACUUGUUUGUCCUGUUAUAACAAACAUCUUGAUGGUCUCUCUCAUCAUGAGAAGCUACUCCAAUCACAUGAACCAUGUCGUGGUAUGGAAUUGUUUGCCGGGGCCGGUGGAUUUUCUACUGGUCUAAACAAGUUACCUUCAAUUCAUAUUCAGCAUGCUAUAGAGAUGGAUGCAUCCUGCUCCCUAACAUAUAAGAAAAAUCAUCCAGACACAUUUUUCCACUGCCAUUCCUCAAAUGACCUCCUUCAAAAAGCCAUUGCUGGCACAAAUACUCUGGAACUAGAUCAUCCAAUGCCCCAACCUGGAGAUAUCGAUAUCAUUGUUGCUGGCUUGCCAUGCCAGUCCUACAGCGGCAUGAAUCAUAACAAAGACCCCGAUGACCCUCGGAAUGAAUUGGUGGCAAAUAUGCUGUCCUAUGUAGACUGGUACCGGCCACCGAUCUUUGUCAUGGAGAACGUUUUCGGUAUUUUACACUUCCCACUCGGAGGGAAGAAGAAAGGGUAUCGGAUUGUAGACGGAAAGCCUCAGGGUGUUAUCAUGCUCAUCUUUCGUGUGUUGACGGCUCUCGGGUAUCAAGUUCAUAUCGCCCUUCUUCACGCACCUCACUAUGGUUCGCCUCAAGACCGUCGACGAGUCAUCAUCAUGGCAUCAUUACCCGGCGUCCCCCUUCCGAAGUUCCCUGUCCCGACUCACGUCUUUGUUCCGAGAGCACACAAGUUCAGCCUGUGCUACAACCAGGUUCUCCACACUGUCACCCGCGCUCACGAGUCUCAGGACCACUACUACGGUGCGCCUCUUCGAUCUGUGAGGUUAGGUGAAGCCAUCAGUGAUCUCCCACGAUUCCACUGGGCGGACCCCAGGGCUUCGAAAAAGAGUAGACAGCGUGAGGAUGAUGGUGUUCCGGCCCUAGAUGCCAUACCUUCGAAGACCAGUAGUCCAUACGUGGGCUUCCAGAUCCCGACGAAGUACGCCAAAGAGCCGCAGAAUAGGUAUCAGCGGGAGAUGAGAGAAGGCUCUGGUGACCUUGUGCGAUAUCAGUACACCCCGAGGUUCGGGGUCAAUGUGGUCGAGCGAUCUGUCAACAUUCCCAUGCGCCCUAAUGUGAACCAUCACGAUCUUCCCAAGUGGCUCCAAUUUGAGUCUAAGCAUACGACAUACGGUCGACUCGACGCGAGCCAAUACUACGCCACUGCGAUGACGACGUUCACACCAAACAGCAGCGGUAGUCGACUGCUUCACCCGAACCAACGGCGCAUCCUGACCGUUCGAGAGGUCGCGCGUGGACAAGGCUUUCCAGAUGACUACGAGCUCCUGUCUGUGGAGACAACGCCUAACAAGGUCAUCAAGGACCAAUUGAAGCAGCUGGGAAACGCAGUCCCGAUGCCACUUGCGCGUGCUAUCGGCGGGUCUAUUCAGGAGUCUUUCUUGAAAAUGUGGGAGGAGGAAGAGGAAAAGCGGGGAGGCAGUCCGGAACUUUAGUGUGAGAGAUGUCGAGCCCAGCAGGGAUAUGUGCCACUUGUGCCGCACUCCUUAGACCUUCUCUGCCAAUUACUAUUUUAUUCCACGGUUUC